UGCAUAUGUGAAUGUCACUGGUGUCAGUGUUGAGCUGAAAUACUACGAUGUUUUGUUGUGCUUCGGAAAAAUAAUUAAAAUUGUUUCUCGUAGUGUUAAUUGUUUCGUAAAGGAGAUCCGGCUUGAUAAAUUAUUAUAUUUAUGUUCUAGUUAAAAUGUUUCGCAAUAGGUUAAGACCACUUAUAUGCAGAAAUCAUGACUUUCAGAGGUGCAAGCAUACAAGUAAGCUUGAUGCUAUUCGAGAGAAGUUACGUGAAGGUCCCAGUUUUGCGGAUUUUGUGUCUGAAGACCGUCCAAAAGACUGGGAGGAUUAUGAGGGUAAACUGAAGAGGGAAAAAGGAGAAGCUGAAAGGUUAAGGCUACCACCCUGGUUGAAGACGACCAUACCAACUGGGUCAAAGUUUACUGGGAUAAAAAAACAGCUUCGUGAGUUGAAAUUGAGCACUGUCUGUGAGGAGGCACGCUGUCCUAACAUCGGAGAGUGCUGGAGUGGAGGCAAACAUGGAACUUCUACAGCUACUAUUAUGUUGAUGGGCGACACCUGCACCCGAGGCUGCAUGUUCUGCUCCGUGAAGACAUCUCGUCGGCCGCCCCCGCUGGAUCCACUCGAGCCACACAACACCGCGCACGCUAUCAACCAGUGGGGACUUGGAUACAUCGUACUUACAUCCGUUGAUAGAGACGACCUCCCUGAUGGCGGUUCCGCUCAUUUCGCUGAAACUGUAAGGGAAAUAAAGAGGCAAAACAAGGACAUUCUAGUGGAGUGUUUAGUGCCAGACUUUAGAGGUAACCGGGAUUGUAUCCAGACCAUAGCGGAGUGCGGACUGGACGUGUUCGCACAUAACAUAGAGACGGUCGAACGACUCACACCCUUCGUCAGGGAUCCCAGAGCCGGAUACCGGCAAACUCUGAAGGUGCUCCAGACGGCUAAAGAAGUGAACCCGGACCUGAUCACCAAGUCAUCAAUCAUGCUGGGACUCGGCGAAACUGACGAGCAAGUGGAACAAACUAUGAAAGAUCUACGUGAAGCGGGUGUCGACUGUUUAACAUUAGGCCAAUACAUGCAGCCAACCAAACGACAUCUAAAAGUCUUCGAGUACGUCACUCCAGCCAAGUUCAAGGAGUGGGAGGUCCGGGGCAAUGAGCUUGGGUUCCUUUACACCGCCAGUGGACCUCUCGUCAGGUCUUCGUAUAGAGCUGGAGAGUUUUUCAUCACCAGCUUGCUUAAAGACAGGAAGGCCAAGAGUUUGUGACACGAAGACUAGUCAAUAUUCGAUAUUCCGAUUUCGAUAGGUAUCGAUAUUUCGAUAUUGGUAUAGAUAUUCCGAUUUCAAUAUAGAUAUCAAUGUUGGUAUAGAUAUUCCGAUAUCGAUAUCGAUGUCGGUAUCGAUAUUCCGAUUUCGAUGUUGGUAUCGAUAUUCCGAUAACCUACUGUAAUUUAUAUGGCAGGGGUUCUCAACUAUCUUCUAUGUUUGUCUAAGACAAAAGUGGAUUUUUUGCAUCAAAUGAUUGUAUUGAGAUACUCUGGUGUAUACAAUUUUUGACAUGGUUUACCUUGUUUUGUUUCUUAAAAGCUAUUUAGAUCUAAUAUAUUUAAAAAUGAGAUUUAUAAAUAUGUAAAUGUUAACAGCGAUAGUCGGCGCUGCAUGUACAAGCUAGCACCUAAAUUGACAUAGAGUAAUAAAUUAAACAUGUAGGUGCAAUAUAAUAGGCUACAAUAUUUUUUUAAGCACAGACUCUGUUAAUACACAAUUUGACGUUCGCCAAUUUUAACUAAGUUUGCAAUGGGCACGUGGUUUAGUCAAAUUAAUGUGAUACAUAGAAGCUAUCCAAUCAAUGUGAAACAAACCGUCAGUGAAGACAAAAAGUUUAGAAUAAUGAUGACGCAACUUUUUUUAAUGUUCCACUGAUUAAACAUCUUAAAUAAUGUAGCAAAAAGGAAAAAACUGCGAUGUACUUUUUUUUUUAAAUUAGCGCCAUUUUAUAGUUUAGAUCUGUAAAGCCUUAGAAAUCAGACAAUUAAUUUAUUAGAAAUUAUCUUUGUUUUUGUUAUUGUUGUUAACUUUUAGCUUUUAUUUUUAUGAAGAAAUAAAUAUAUUUUAU